CCUAAAGUAGCAACACAAUAUUGGAGAACUGAGAUAAUAUCAUAUUAAUUUUAUGCUAUGUACAAGGCGCUUUAUUCACAUACCAAUGCUGACAAAAAUGUACUCUCCUUUAAACCUGGAGAUGAGUUUAAUUUGAUUGAACAAAUUGAUGAGCAUUGGUGGUCGAUGUUGAGCACAAAUGGCAUUACUGGUCUUGUGCCUGCUUCAUACUUGGAAAUAAAUAAGAUCAGUCAGAAGGAUGUACUCAAGUCAAUAGAUGAAUCAAUUAAACUUAUUCAUAACUCUCGUGAUACAGUUUGGAAUGAAACUGUGAGGAAAAAUAUACAAAAACUGAUGGUAAAUCGCGAAGCUAUCUCAUCAGGAAAGAGUUUGUGGACUAAUCCAACUGCUGAAAUUCCACACCAACCUAAGAGACUUGCUCCACAAGCACCUGUAAACAGUAUUAAAAAAGGAAAGUCAACCAAAAGAUAUUCUGCACCUCUGCCACCUGGUUUUAAAGAUGCCGCACCAACUUCUGAUGCUUCAUCAGAGGCAAACGCUAAUGGUGCCAGUAGUAAGAUUUAUAAUAUACAAGUUAAUAAAGGGGACAUUAGUCCUCUUAAUAUGAAACAACCUUCGAAACGAAACAGUUCUGAGUCAUCAAAUGAAAGCCUAACCAGUCCCACAGGUACACAUCAGGUAUAUUUACCAUCUUCUGGUAAAAAGGAUCAAGUAAAUACUUCAAAGAGCACAACAACAAAAGAUGUUAAGCUAAAGGUAAUUGAGGGAAGUAACAUAACAAUCUCCAGAAUGGGUGAAUCAAGUUUCAAAACUAUCCGAUCAGAUGAAAAUGUAAAAUCAAAACAAGUUGAUAACCUGAUACAAAAAUCUCCAAGUACUAAAAAUACAGAAAGUUUUUCUUUUGUGCCACAUGACACCAUAUCGAGAGACUCCUUUGCGUCCAGUGACAUGAGUACAAUAACUUCAAAGUCUUUGUUGCAACAAGAUACAGAAUGCUAUGUACCCGAGGAUUUGGGGAAACAACUUAUUGAUGCUGUAAGAGGAAGGUGUAAGAUGAGUUUUAAUAAAUCGUUAGCAGCCAUACGUUGUGUUCUACAAACCAUUGGAAACGAAGUACCCUCAAUCUCUGAACCACUAAAGAAAAUUAUAAAGCAAAUUCAGGAUGAUAAGUUGAAUGUGUUUAAAGGCUCUUUGGCUGAGGAAGAUGCAAACCGGCUGUACGAUGUGUUGAACCAAUUAACAGAACAUAAAGAGGACUCCCAGCAACGAAAUUGGGCCAUACAUGAAGAUUUCUUAGUGAUCAAGGAGUUGCUGGAGAAUUUGAUGAGCAUCAUGGACGAAAUUGAUCCAAGUAUAUGUCGUUCUGUUUUGGAAGAAGAUGAGUAUCGAUACAUCAAUGAUCUAAUAUUAUACUAUCAAAUGGAAUCUCGUUCUAAGCUUCGUAUAUCUCUUCUUCAUGCAUUUGGAUGUUUCUGUCAACUUGGUAAACAGUUUAUAUCACAGCUCCUUUGUUCCGUUCUACCCACUGAGCUUGCACAAGAUAUGCUACAAGAUCAAGCUGAUAUUUUCAAGUUUGUGAGUUCAUCCUUUUUACUAACCAUGUUAUUUUCUACUGGUGAACCUGUGCCAUAUCAUCAUUAUGUUCAGUUUAAUGAGGAUUUUAUUGAGUUCGUACUCAAUCAAAUUGAAGAUCCUCCUGAUGCUGACACAGAAGACGAAGUCGCAGACGGUUUGGUUGGAUUGUUGUUGUCAUAUAAUCUACAUUUUAAAACAACAAAAGUAAACACUGUCAUGCAAGUUAUGUCAAGACGAAAUGUGUUCAGAACGUUGUCAGAAAAAGUGUUGUUACUGCUCAAUAGAGAAAAUGACCCAACUGCUUUAUUUGAGUUCAACGAUAGAUGUCCAGAUUCAGUCGUGAAAUUUCUGAUGGAUGUCUUUGCGGAUACAAAAACAUCUGGAAUGUUCUUCACUAACGACUUAUAUGUCCUCUUCGACAUCAUUUUGAGACAACUUACUGACAGACAAAAGAAAGAUAGGGUUCGGACCGAAUAUCUGUCUCUGUUUCACAGUAUAUUGAACACAACUCAUUACCAUGAACACAAGCAUCGUUCACAAGAAUUCAAGCGAUGCUUUUCAGAAAUAUUAAGCAACAGGGAAACAGAAAGUGAAGUGGACGUCUAUAUUGUUCGAGAAAUUAUGACACGCUUUGCACAGUCUUUUUCCUAAAAUUUUCUUCAAAUUUUAUGUUGUCUUUGGUAGCAAUUCUUUAUUUUGGGAACGUGUUAAUACCUUUUAUUUCUUUUUGUUGUGACUAUAUCUUUUGUAUUGUGUACACAUACACAUUGAAGCAGGUAAAGCUAAUUCUUUUAAAAUGACAAAAAUUUAAUAAUUAGUAUUGAAUAUAUUUUGCCUUCCUUUAAAGAUGGACUACCUUAAUGUUAAUUUAAUUGUAAGAAUAAAUUUUUUGGCUUUUCAGGUGAAAUUUUAAACAGUUUUGUCCAGCGAGAGAAAUUCAGAGUAUUCAUACUUUCUGUUACCCAUAUCGUUAGUACAGGAAGAUAGUAAGUGGAAAACAUAUUACACAAUUGCCCUGUUUAAAAUUUCAAUAUUUACUGGUAUGGUCAAGACUGUAACAGUGCCAUUCUAAAGUCAGGUUAGGUCUAAAUAAAAUAUUUUGCGCAUAAAUAUUAUAGUCAUUAAUUUAAUUAUAUUUUAUCGAUUAUAUAGUAUAUAUCAUUUAUAGUUUAUUAUUUAUGGCACAGUUUUUUAAAAACUUUUUGUAUACAUGUAUAUUUUAGAUAAGAAGAAUUGUUCGGAUUUAUAUUCUCAAAUUAUUUUGUUGUUCUUAUGUGACAAGGAAGCAAGGUUAAAUUCCUGUGAUUAAAUUAAUGUCUACUAGUCUAGUGUUUUUCUACUAGCAAUGUGAAUGUUAUAUGAGUAGUGUUUUAUAAUUGGUAAAAAAGAAGGUUGUCAAAUUUUUGUUUCCGCAAGAAGUCAUUUCAGCAAUUUUUUUGUUGGUUUCACACAAUUUGUCAAUGUGAAGGUGCACUUGUCAAUGUUUAAUAGUUAGAGCAUAGGAUCUUAUGUUGUUUGGUUGUGCCAAAUCUUGCUAAUUGCUGUUUAUUUUGGAAGAUAGAUUUUCAAUGAGUUCUUUGUUAUUGUUAAAAACUUACAUUUCUUCUAUUUCUAACAUUGUUGAACAAAAGUACUUUAUAUAUCAGUGAGUGAAAAGUUGGCACUUUGUAUUAUUCCGUAACGUCAACAAAGUGUUAUAUAAUAAAAUUUAAUUUUUAGGAGAAUUGAAAAUUUUCUAUAGUAAUAUGGCUUUAUCAAAAGUUCAACUUACUGCGAUAUUAGAAUGUAAUAUUUGCUUAGACACCUGUCAUAAACCAAAAGAACUAAACUGCGGACACACUUAUAGUCAAUAUUGUUUAGAAUGGUAUUCUUGUUUUAAACAAUGAUGGAAGUGCUGAACUUUCUUGGCCAUUAAGAUGUGAUAAGAAGACAAUGCUAAAUCAACAUGAGACAAUUAACAAAUACAUUUUAUUGUGUGACAUCUUGGAUGAGAUGUAAGUAUGAUUUUCUUACACCAUUCUAAUUGGUGUAUAUGGAAAUAUAUCUUUGAAGGUGUUUCGAUUCCUAUGCUUUGGUAUGUUUCUCAGUAUUUGUGUUAAAAAUCUCUCAAUAAAAUAAUAUAAUUUUGUGACUAUUUUAGUGAGGAUUAUCACUUGAUGCCAUCAUGACUCAUCAGUUAACAGGCCUCUGUAAUGGCUACACAUGUUGUUAAUCUACAAAGUUUUGUUUUUCUUCCUCCAAUUCACGUUGUCUUACAUGAUAGUCUUACGCAAAUGAUCUUAGCUCACAACAUGUAUUUUAUUCUAUUUUAAGUGUUAUUUUUCAAUUUUUUAAUAUACUCUUGUUAGGUGAUUGGAAGAAUAUUUUGCAAAAGAUUUCUAUGAUGUUUAGAAUCUAUCACAUGGAACCAUAGAUUGGAAGCAUGUAAGGAUAAAGGCUCCAGUCACUAGUGGGUCUCUUUAUUAUAAUUACAAAGGCUUUUUUAGCUUCGUAUUAAUGGCAAUUUGCAAUGCCCGUUAUAUUUUUUCGUUUUUCGAUAUAGGGAAUUAUGGUUCCAAUAAUGACAGUGGUGAGUUUCGCAGGUCAGCUAUUGGAAAAUCUUUUUUUAACAAAGAAAUGAAUCUUCCUAAUCCCAAAUGUAUUGAAAAUUGGCCAGUUUUUGGUCCAAUUCCCUAUUACUUAGUUGGCAAUGAUGCAUUCCCACUUCAAAAAUAACUCAUGAAACCUUAUCCUGGUCAAGGUAUCCAAGAAAACCAGGCCUUUUUUAAUUACAGAUUGUCAAGAGCAUGAAGAGUUAUUGAGAAUGCAUUUGGUAUACUAGCUGCACACUGACAAGUGUUCAUGCAACCAAUACAAACAAAGGCAGAAAACGCAGAAAUUCUAGUCAAGCAGCAAUUUGUUUGCAUAAAUUUCUGCGUCAAACAAAUAGUGCUGGUUAUUGCCUGACUGGUUUAAUUGACACCUGGGAUGACAAAGGACAGAUUAAGGAAGGUGAAUGGAGACGCUUAGUUUCUAAUGGUCAAAGUAAUUUACUAACCAACAUUCCGCCUAUAAGAGGAUCUCAACCACCUAAUUCUGCUAAAGGGGUCAGGGAAAACUUAAAAUCGUACAUCAACUCUAUGGAAGGUUCACUCUCUUGGCAAUGGGAACAUGUAAGAAGCAGGGGAGUGGUAAGACAAUUCAAAGAAUAAGUUUUAUUAGAUUUUGUAAGUAUUCUUUAGUUAAGUAACAAUAAUAUUUGUAUACAUAAAAUCUUUUAGUCCAUGUUAUUCCCCUUUCUCUCAUUCUUCUAAAUAGGCCAACAUUCAUUGUUGGUCUUGAGAGCUAUCACUUUUAACAUAUUCAGAUAUGUUGGGUUUUGGUAGUGUGCAUUGAAUUGCUGUUUUCUUUGGGGCUGGUAAUUUUGGAACGAAUUUAUACCAGGCAAAAGUAUUUGAUUGGUGGAUUGUUGUUGCGGUUGGUAUACAGGGCUUGAAACUUCUAUUGGGGAUGAAGGGGUUGGUGGGGGGCUUCUCAAUAUUUCACUAGUAUAGGUGUGUUGUUUUGACAAAGAGUCUGCUUCAUCCUGAAGUUGAAAUUUGAACAUAAUGUUGUCAAUUUCAUGUUUUGCUUUCAGCUUUUCCAUUUUUGAAAGCUUCUUUAAUUUCGUUGCUAACAAAUCUCCAUACAACUGAUCUUCGUCUUUCUUAAAACUUAAUCUCUCCUUCAGCUUCAGUAUUAAAUGGACUUCCAUAUCAGAUUCUACUUUUCUUUUUUUCUGAAACUGCUCUCUUCCUGUGAUAGAGGAUAUUUCAGUUUCUAUGGCUGAUUUGGUGGAUUUGGAACUGAUACUAGGAUUUGUUACACUUACAAAUGGGUUUGAAAAUUCUGAUGCUACUGAAAUAUUGUCAUCAUAAUCACCAAUUCCCUUCUCCAUCUCAUUGCUUUCGUCUUGGCUUAUUGUCUCACUGUUGCCAUGCCAGUUAGAAGUUGUUUCCCUUUCAAUAAUAUAUGGUUCUAGCAAGCCUAAUGCACCUAAAAUAGGAGGCCAUUUAGCUUCUUCAGCUCCAGCACCACUUUUUGUUUUGUUUUCCUCUUCCUUUUUUCUCUCCCAUAUCUAUUUCUUAUGUUUAGGAACAUUUUUUCAGCAAUACUGGCCAAAAGAAAAGUAAAUUAACAUUAUUGGAAUAUGCUUUGUACUUAACAUACCGUAUUUCCUCCAAUAAGCGCCGCCCUCUAUUAAGCGCCGCCCUCUAAUAAGCGCCGCACCUAAAAUUCGAAUUUCGAAAUAAGCGCCGCCCUCUAAUAAGCGCCGCACCCUCAAAUGCGGCGCUUAUUAGAAAAUCAAGAGAAAAUGAGAUUUCAAUGCUUUUAUUCGAACUCUAUAGUCUUAUAUAGAAGAUGACAAGAUCCACUGUUUUAAAAAGGAGGGAGCUUGUCCUGAUGGGGCAUCACGGCUAAGAGAAUCCCUGAAUAUCUUGCAAGAGGAAGAGAGUCAAAUAAAUCCUUUUGAGAACAUAACAGAUUCGGAUGUUGAGGAUGCAUGCGGGCCGUUUCAUUUGAUUGACUCUGAUCAAGAAAGCGACGAAGAAAUUGAUGUUUGAAAUUAUCUUUGUUAUAUUUGAUAGAAAGAGAACAGGAAAAGACACGAUAAUUCACCCGUUAUUUCUUUCUCGUACGUUACUUACCCCUCUAUAGAA